GUGACGUCCAGCGGAAGUAAACAACACAGGCGCUAGUAGCGUUAGCCGCAGCCGUUAGACGACAUUGUAGCUGUAGUGCAGAUUCAUUACUCCAUUUUUGUAACUAGGCAACAAUGUCUUCAGUUGAGUAUUUGAGGGAGUUUGUCAACGAGCGACUCGCCGUAGCUGCGGAAGAAAUAUUUGGAUUUUUCGAGAAGACCGUCAUCGAGUACGAAGAAGAGCUCGACCGUCAGCGCAGACUGUUGGACGUCGUUUGCAAACCUGAGAUAAAUACGCACAGGAUAGAGCUCCCACAGCAACAUGCCUCUAUGGAGGAGGAGGAGGAGGCUCUCGCUGACCAGCAGCUCUGUAUUCAAGAUGGGAACUCCAGUCUGGACCAAGAGGACCCAGAGCUUUCACAGAUUAAAGACGAAGAGGAUGACCUCUGCGCCAAUCAGGAGGAAGAGCCACUUGUGCUGAAUCACGAGACUGAUACCUUUAUGAUGACUCCCAAUUAUGAGGACAGUGACAACAGUGACGAUCAGUCGCCGUACUUAGAUAUCGAUGAAGCUCAAAGUGUGGGGGAGGAAAACCAUUUAAGCUACAUUUCAGUUAUAAGCUCUGUGGGAUCCGAACCAAACAGUGACUACCAGCUCCUCUCGCACAGCUCUCGUGUAGCUGAGAGCCAGUAUUUGAGAGGAGGCAAGCACGGAGGCUCAGGAUCCACUAGAAAUACCGGGUUAGAACCACACAAGAGAGAUCACAAAAGCAGAAGUCACAGUUACAGUAUAGACAAACCUAAGUUGUCAGGGUUUCACUAUAAUGCUCACAAAGGUAAACAGUGUUUCACAUGUGACACGUGUGGAAAAGAAUUUAAGUGUAAGUCGUCACUGGAGAGACACCUGACCAUCCACACAGGUGAGAAGCCGUAUUGUUGCAAAAUAUGUGGGAAGGAUUUCAGACUUAGCAGCGUCUUGAAAGUCCACAUGCGAACCCACACAGGCGAGAAGCCAUACCUUUGCAAGAUCUGCGGGAAACGAUUCAGUCAGACAUCAACACUAAACGUUCACAGAAGAAUCCACACGGGCGAGAAGCCGUAUUUUUGUAGAAUAUGCGGGAAAGAUUUCAGACGUAACGAUGAUUUGAUAGUGCACAUGAGAACCCACACAGGUGAGAAGCCGUAUUCUUGCAAAGUGUGUGGAAGGGAUUUCGGACGCAAGAGUAACUUGUUGGUCCACAUGAGACGAGCCCACGCUAAUGAGAAGCACUUGGAAGACCUGUGGGAAACUAUAUAUUGAUAUGUCUCAUGUGGCAAAGCAUGCAUACACACGAGUAGCCUUGUAUUUGCAAAAUAUGUGGGAAACUAUUCAGUUCUAGUGGUUCAUGUAAACAAAAAAACAUAAUUGCAGCAUUUGUGGGAAAAGUUUUACUCAAAUCACACUUGUGAAAAAACACCUGGGAUCAAUAUACAGAGGAGAAAAUAUCAAGCGGAAGCUUUUGUGGAUACGAGUUCACCAACCGAAUGAAAUCCACAUUUACAGUAGCUACAGUUCUCUUACUGAAUGUACAAUAUUAAAGUAAGGAUGAUAUGUCAAUAUGUUAAUGUAAAGUUUUCCUUUGUAUGACUCUGUAUUACUUAUUAUUUUGUUUGCAAUAUUAUGUCUAAAGCAAUCAUAAUCUCCCAAAUCAAGGACAAAUGUGAGUUUACAGUGAGUUCACUACAGUGGAUGUUAAAAUAAUGGUGUGAUCAUGAUGGAUGUUGGUUGUGCCAAAUGUUGAUUUCUGAAGUUUCUCAAUCACUUUAAUUUAAUAUGUUUAAUAAGUACUUAAGAACCAUGUGUUCUAUAUAUGGAUCUGUAUGAAGCCUCCUGCACAUCUUUACCUGAAGUGGAUUUUACAUUUAAGAGUGACUGACCAUUGUUGUUUUUAUGAUCAUGUAAGAAGUCCAAUAAAUACAAACAUGCCUU